AUGAAUGAUAGAAGACCUUUUAGAUAUGAAAACGAAAGGGGCCCUCGCGAACAAAGACGGGAGAAUGUCAAAAGUGAGCCUCCUGCUGAUCCAGAUGCAAAAUUAUCAAAGGAAGAAUUGAUUACAAAGUAUGAGCGCCGAUUGAUCGGGCUACUACGCGUGCCUACUAUAGACAAAUUUCCUGUAUUAGGAAGCCAGUGGGGAAUCAAGCCAAAAGGAUUUGAAAAGGUGACAGCUCAAAGAGCUAAACUUUCGGGGCUUUUUCCCCUUCCAGGCUCACCACGGCCUGUGGAUGUCACGAAAUUGGAGGGACUUAUUAAAGAUGGAUGCACUGAGAAUGGAAUUUUAUUAGCAUCUUCCAAAAUUGACCCAUUAGACUCCCGAAAUUCAUGCAUUGUCAUCAUCAAGGGCAUAGACUUCCUGAAAGUCGAUCAUUUGAUUGUGGCGGAAUACAUUAACAAAUUUAUCGGCUCGGCUGACAUCAAGGGUGUAUCUAUUGGAAACAAUAUAGAGAGAAAACGGAAAACCAAGGAUGACAGCAAGCUCAUUAUCGAAUUCAAAACCAGUGUUGCUGCUACCUUGGCUCUCACAUUGAAUGGCCAGAAUUUGCCCGCUGCCAGCUUCAACACAAGCGGAGACGUCAUCUUGCAAAUGUCAAGACCAGGUGAAUAUGUGGUACAAUGUUUGCCUCCCUAUAAUUCACCUAAAGAUGAGAUUGAUGAUGAAGUUUUGGACAGUCCAAGGAAAAUCACACUUACUGUCGACAAGGCUGCCAAUGAAUCUUCUUUAAUUGACGCGUUAAAUAAAAUAGCCCCAAUUAGAGCAUUCCAAUACGUUCGAGAGGUGGGAACGAAGGAUCCUAUAGGGGUCGCAUUUUUGGAAUUCUAUAUUGAUGCCAAAAGUUUUCCCAACACAAAAAGUGCUCUCAAGCAAACAAUGGUGUAUUUAAAACAGACUGAAGAAUUGGAUAUGGUCAUUCGCGCCUGCUUCUCAUGUUUGAAAGUUUCCGGUGAGAAUGUGAUUGAAACUAGUAUUCAAGAUUGUCCCAUCGAGCUCAAAACAUUAAAGGGUUUGGUUCGAAAUGAGUAUGUGGCAUUUCACCCAAAACUGAAGGUCAUUCAGCUCAUAAAUGUGGUCACAGCAGCGGACUUGACUGAUGAAGAAUCGUUUCGAUUCAUAGAGCAAGAUAUUCAGCACGAAGCAAAUUCGUUUGGCAAAGUUGUCUCGAUGAAGAUACCGCGGCCCCCACAUGAUUACUCUGCUGGAAUUCUGCAGCUAACUCAGCCUGGAAUUGGGAAGAUUUACAUAGAGUUUGAAAGCGAGCAAGUAGCUCUCAGUGCUUUGAUGAGUAUGGCAGGCCGCUCUUACAACGACAGAACAGUACUUUGCGCAUUUUAUAGCCAUGAGGAUUACGCAAACGGUUUGUUCUAA